UGAGGUGCGACCGAGUAGCAGGCCAAGCCGCGGCCGCCGACUGCGUGGCAGAGCGGCUGACUGAGGCGGCGUCGCUCCUGCCGGAAGCGCGAUGCCUUGAACCUGGGAAUUUCAUCUGGGGCAUGAAGUUCCGCGGACCAAGGAUCCUAAUAGUCGCCUGUGUUUUAAAGUCACCACGUCUAAGAAGUGAUGCUUUCUGAACUGAGAAUUCAGAAACAGUAUGGAUGUCUCAACUUUCCUUUGAUACUGCCUGGCUGCACUUUGUAUUUCCCUCCCGAGUAUGAUCGCACUAUGUGAAGCAACACUUUUUCUGGAUUUCAAAAGACAUCAUUUCAUCAUGGGACAGCAAAUUUCAGACCAGACGCAGUUGGUUCUUAACAAGUUACCAGAAAAAGUAGCAAAACACGUCACAUUGGUUCGAGAAAGUGGCUCUUUAACUUACGAAGAAUUUCUUGGGAGAGUAGCUGAACUUAAUGAUGUAACUGCUAAAGUGGCUUCUGGCCAGGAAAAACAUCUUCUCUUUGAGGUACAACCUGGGUCUGAUUCCUCUGCCUUUUGGAGAGUGGUUGUACGGGUGGUCUGUACCAAGAUUAACAAAAGCAGUGGCAUUGUGGAAGCAUCACGGAUCAUGAAUUUGUACCAGUUUAUUCAGCUUUAUAAAGACAUCACAAGUCAAGCAGCAGGAGUAUUGGCACAGAGCUCCACCUCAGAAGACCCUGAUGAAAAUUUAUCAUCUGCAGCAUCUUGUCAAGCUAGUUUUUGGAUGAGAAGGGUGAAGCAGCUGACUGAUGAGGAGGAAUGCUGUAUCUGUAUGGACGGUCGAGCUGACCUCAUCCUGCCUUGUACUCACAGCUUUUGUCAGAAGUGCAUUGAUAAAUGGAGUGAUCGACACAGGAAUUGCCCUAUUUGUCGCCUACAGAUGACUGGAGCAAAUGAAUCGUGGGUAGUGUCAGAUGCCCCCACUGAAGAUGAUAUGGCUAGCUAUAUUCUUAAUAUGGCUGAUGAGGCCGGCCAGCCCCAUAGGCCAUGACCUUGGGGUGAAGGUCUUCUGAUGCUGUUAUGGUCAUGGGGAAGGAAUUCAGGGAUGCUGUUGCACAAACACAAAGAAAUCGAUUUUCCCACCCUCUUAUUUUUGCUAUUCUGACAUUUUUCCCUAUUUAUUUUAGUUAACUCUUCAUGUCUUCCACUCAUAGUAAACUAAAAUUUGCUACUGUAUAAGACAUAUUUUCCUAUUAUUUAUCUGUUCUACUAUAUAUUUAGAACUAACUGCUCUUGAAUCCUUUGCUGAGGUAGCAGCAACAUUUUCAGAGGCUUCUGAAGCACUGCCAUUUUUCAGGGCAGGAAUAUUAUGGAAUCUGUUAGGUUUAAAACAAACUUUGAAUGUUAGAAAAUUGUUGCCAUCUGAGAGAAAAUUCUAACUGACUGAAAAUGUAAAAUAAAGUGCAUGUUACUACUUAAAUUAGUCUUUUUGCUGGAUCUAAGGAGUAUAUAUGCCCCCUUGUGGUUAAUUAUUGCUCCUUUAAUAAUUUUUACUUGAAAUGAUUCACAAUUACUUCAUAACUUUAGCAGUGUGUUUUGGAACUACAUGUGUUUUGGAACUACAUGUGCUUUUUACUUAAAAGUCUUUUCUUCCAUGCUAUAUAAUUUGGGUGAGGACUAUAAAGUUGGGCAUGACUUUGCCUUGUAAAUGGAUUUCUCCUGAGAAAUCUUCCUUGCUGUCCUGGAAAUACUUCCCCACAGCUGAGAACUGUUCUAAAUAGCUUGUGAUAAUGCUCAUGAUCUUGGAGUUUUAGAAGGAAAUUUUUCUUCAUCACAGAUCCUAAAUUUUAUGUUUCCAAAUUUGAUAAGUCAUUAAGUAUUGGUUUAUGGUGCUUUUAUUUUCUUAACUUGAAGGCAUCUUCCGGAGGUCUCAAAAUCCUCAAAUUAGAAAAUAGAGUACAGCCUUUUAAUCAUAUGUACAAUAAGCACCUCUGAAAAGUAAGAGAUAAUUUGGCCUUCUUACUGUUUCACUGUACUUUGGAUACACUGAAGUAUACUUUUUCAGAGUAUAGUCAUAGUGGAAUUAUGAUAUUAAGUGGUACUUGAACCAUUUUAAAAAAAUUUUUCUUAUAAAGUAAAAUUUUGUUUUAUGUUAAACAUUACCUUUUCAGCAUACAGCAAAACUAGGGCCUAAUGUCUCCUUUAAAAAGUAUGUUAACAUUCCAUGUAACUUUUCUGACUUACUAUUGGUUAAAUUGGAAAUAUUACUAUUUUUCUACAGUACCAAAGUACACAAUUUAAGUUGCUGCUUAAUGAUGGCACAGUUUUUGAAUACUAGGAUUUUAAUAGGUGCAAAUUAAAAAUUAAUUUCUAGGAAAAAUGUCUGACCAAAGGUAGCUUGAUUUUAUCCCCAAAAUAAUGGUAACUUAUUGGUUGCCAUUUAUGAUGAGGGAAGCUCAGUACUAAAGAGGUAAUACUCACUAUGGAUGUUGAUUCAAGCAGAGUUCUGGGGGCUCUGUCAUACCAACCUGGAAAUGUACUUGAUGGUUCUGUAACCUUGAGAAAGUCCCUUCCACUGGUUUGUAGGUGCCUGCUUUAGGAACGGAGGUUUUCUCUCUGGUUUUUACACUUUAUUUCAGCAGUAGAGCCUUUUUUCUUUUUUCCAAAAGCUCACUCAGAACCCCUAUGUGGACGUGCUCCAUGCAUGUACAUACACACUCUAUCCACUAUGUAAAAGUCAUAUUUUAUUAAUAAAAAUUUCCUCAUAGAAACUUCAUAUAGUAAAUAUUAUAAAGUCACCAAUGAAAUUAUGUGUUAAUGCAUUGAUGAUACCCAGUAUAUUAGAGUUUGGUGAGUAACACAGUUACAUGAUGGGAGUUGAUUUUUAGGUAAUUUUUUUCCUCCAGGGAUUCUUAGUAUUCCUUGGGACAUACUUUGAAAAUCUUGGGACAGAUGUUACCUGAGAUCUUUUCUAGUUCUCAGAUUUUAAGUUGUUCUUUUGGAUUAGUCUUACUAAAUCUAAUUCAGAUUCUUUAAGAAUGUUUCUGAAAAUUAACAAAGUUGUUUUAUAGAUUUUUGGAUCUUUCCAGUAUGGCUAAUGAUUUUAUGCCCCAGAAUUCUUCAAUGAAUUAUGCCUUUCAAAAAAUUAUUUGACAGUGAGCCCAGCAACUUGACACUGCUCAAACCUUUUUAUUUUCCAAUAUAAGCUCCAAGAUACUAACUGAUCUACCGUGAAAUAUAAAGUGUUUUUAUUAGCCUUUUCAAAUAAAUGAGCACAGUUUUUUGCUCACUUCACUAAACUGGGUGAUAAUUCUUUAGCUGUGAGUAUUAGGUAGGUCUAUAAUAAUAAAAGUUGUAAAAGUUGUAAAUUUGUUUAAAUGGAUGCAUUGUACACUUUUUGUAUUCUGUACAGCUUUGUCUUUUUUAAAUGUGAAGUACUUAAAUGCACUUACUAUGAUGGGAAAUAUAAUGUGUGCCUUCUAGGAUUUGUGCAAUGGUUUCAUGAACUCUAAGGAAUUUGUUUUAUAAGUUAUAAAGUUUUCCCUAUCCUAACUCAAUAGCAAAAUGUUUACUCAUAAUGCUGUAUAACUUUAGCUUGAGAAAAUGGAUUUUACUAUUUACUGACUUUAGAAGUUGAGAAUAAUAGUAUCUGUUUUAUUCUUAGGACAGACUGAUACAUUGUGCAAUAAAUAAUCUUUAGCAAGUAAA